AUGUACUCUCCCCAGGAAAGAAACGAUAAACUCGUGAGGGCAACGGACCUAGAUGCCUUGAGCUGUAGACAUAGCAUCAAUGAAAAGCUGUACCUUGCUCCGAAGGACGAUUUCAUUAGAGAUCUAAUCAGGUCCUACGAACUGAACUUGCGGUGGUGUGAAAGCUACACUGCAAUGUCGGCAGCACGGACUGUGAGAGGUGCAUUCAAAGAGAACAAGUUGCCCUUGAUCAACCGCGGCACGUUUCUACGCACUGUUUCGGUGACUGAAAUCAUCUCCAAAUUCAUCAAGGAGUUCAACGGGAAGUGCCAGUUGGUAUCAUUGGGGAGUGGGUCAGACACCAGGUUCUUUGGUCUUCUAAAGGACUAUCCUUCGGUAGUCUUUCACGAGAUUGACUUCCCGGAGUCGGCUCGAAUCAAGAAACUUGGGAUCUUGAACAGCCAGCGACUACGGCGUGUGGUGGGCGUGAACGAAGAGAUGGAGCCCGUGGCCCCGGUGAUCACUUCAAAAGAGGAAUUCGCGGCCUAUGAUGCUGAGAUCCACACUAGCAAUUACCAUCUUCAUGGAAUGGACGUGCGCGAGAUCACUGCAGACACGCCGAUCACCGGCCUAGACAUGACGAAGCCCACGCUAGUCAUAAGCGAAUGUGUUUUAUGCUACUUGUCACCAACGGAGUACGAACAGACCAUUAAAUCAUGGGCAGCAAGGGCAAAAAAUGUGACUGGGUUCGUAAUUUACGAGCCAAUGUCGCUCAAUGAUCAGUUUGGAGAAACAAUGUUCCACAACUUGCUUGCACGAGGGUUGAACUUGCAAACACUCAAGAAGUAUCCGUCGUUGGAAUCGCGGUACGCGUGCAUGACAGAGUUGGGUCUUGACAAUUUGCAUUUGACCGACUUGAGCAAAGUCGGGCGAUAUGGGCAUGCCGCCGAUGGCAGCGAAAAGAGCAUAAUCCCGGAAUCCGAAAUAAAGAGAAUCAACGCAUUGGAAUUUAUAGACGAAGUUGAGGAGCUAAAACUAUUAUUAAGUCACUACUGUUUAUGCUAUGGUGAAACGAGGUCUGGUGACGAGUGCCCAUCCUUUUCUAGUGUGAAUGAUUGGAACUGGUGA